AAACUGUGUUUACAGUUUAAAACAUUGUUAAGAGACUGGAUAAAGUCUGUGUUUACUGUUUCACUGUGUAAAGACUUGUAACCGUGAGUUUUUUUUUUUUAAAACUAAUGCAAUCCUUCAUCAUCUCUCACAAUCCAACGUCUCCUUUGAGUGACUGAAUGCAACUCAGUCUUGUUUCGGGAGAAGGGCAAUUUUGUUUCCAAUCAUCAUGGCUUUCGCGAGCCUUUUCUCCAAUCCCCCAAACCCCGUUCUUGACAAAAACAUGACAGACUCUGAACUUGCAGGGGACGAAAGGGAGGAUGGUGAACUGGAGGAUGGUGAGAUUGAUGAUGAAGGCAUUGGCAUUGAAGAGGAGGCAAAAGAAGUCAAAGAUGCGAAUGAAGAAAAAGAAAAGAGAGGUGACAGGACUCACAGACACUCCAGGAAGAGAUACAAGAAAACAAAGGAAAAGAGGUCUAAGAAGAGAAGAAGAGACAGACAGAAACACCAUUCGCCCUCCAGCUCAGGAAGUUCAGACAGCUACGACUCGGAGCUUGAGCGCUCCGAAAGGUCCAAGAGCAAGAAGAACUCUGGAUCCUACAGAGACAAGGGCAGUCGCUUCCCUCAGCAUGGGCAGUCCAGUGGGUACCAUGGAAAAUCACAAUAUCACAGUCAACACAAAAAUAGUGACUACGACAAGUACAGCGACUACAGCGAAGAGAAAUAUGAUUAUGAUGCUGAGGAAGAUGAAUAUGGCAGUGAGCUGUGCAACUACCGGCAGACGAAGGAGACAUCGACAGCUGGCCAGUCCCCAAAGGAGUCACUGAAGAGGCCCAGCAUGAAGGGUGUACAGAAACAACAGCCGUAUCUUGGACAAAAGGGGAGAGGACGGGGGAUCCUUGGUCGGGGCAGGGGAAUGCAAAUGAAGAACAAGAAGCAGAAGGGCAAGAACUGGGGCCGUGGACGUGGCCGGGGGGGUGAGCAGGGCGGAGACGGUAUGAAGGAGGGGCCAUGCACCUUCCCAAAAAAGCGUCCAAUCAUGACCCAGGAGUUCAUCAAUCAGCAUACGGUUGAACACAAUGGACGAUAUAUCUGCAAAUAUUUCCUUGAAGGAAGAUGCAUAAAAGGGGACCAGUGCAAGUUUGAACAUGAACUUGUUGUUCCAGACAAAAAGAAGGAGCUCUGUAAGUUCUACCUGCAGGGCUACUGCAGCAAAGGGGACAAGUGCAUUUACAUGCACAAUGAAUAUCCUUGCAAGUUCUUUCAUACAGGGGCAAAGUGCUAUCAGGGAGACAACUGCAAGUUCUCCCACGAUCCCCUGACGGAUGUGACCAGAGAACUUCUAGAUAAGGUUCUGAAGACUGAACAGGAGUCGAUGAAUGGGGAUGAGCAAGAGUUGGAGCAACUAAGGAAGCAAGGCAUCACCCCCUUGCCUAAGCCUCCCCCGGGGGUGGGACUUCUGCCCACACCAGGCUCCAGCAGUCCUCAGGAAGUUAGCUCCUGUGGGAAGAAAAUCCCCUCUCUAUUUGAGAUAGUGGUGCAGCCAACUGUGGACCUAGCACAGAAGAUUGGGCUCAGGCCCAGUUUCUAUAACAGCUCCUCACCACCCCCUGGUUCUCAGCUCCCAGGGAAUGGAUCCCCAUCUCAGUUUGGAGGAGCACCAGACGACAUGCAGGGUGGGAAUAUGAUGUCCCUGUCCCUGGGGUCCCCAGGCUCAAUGCCAUGUCCUCCCCAGCCCCCUGGAGGUCCAAGUAUGCCACAGAGCCCCACCGGCACCCAGAUGGCACAUGGCUUCCCUCAGGGCCUUCCCAUGCACCCCCCUGUACUGCCUGGGCAAGCACCCACCUUCCAUGGGAUUCCUCAUGGGAACCAACCCAGUUCACACCCCCAGGAGAAUCAGCAAGAGUCCUUUCCCCUGUUGCUGGACUCACAAAUGCAGCAGUGCAUCCCAUACCAGACUAUGGGUCAGAACCCAUCAGAAUUAUUUGAAAGCUACUACAGCAACCAGAUUAUGGGUCAGGGAGGUGAAGGACUUCAGCUGGACCAGUUGGUCUACGAAUGUGCUCAGCUGUCCCAGAGCAACACUGAGUCAAACGGAUCCCUCCAGGUCCCAGAUUUCCUGCCGGCUGUACAGAAAGCCCUGUUUUUACACCUUAACCAGCAGCAACAGGAAGAAAAACCUCAAGACAACAAGUCUAAAGGGCCAAAGACCACCAGUACAGACAAAGAUGAUGCUUCAAACUGGUACUCCAGUGAUGAGGAGGAUGGGAGCAGCAUGACGGCUAUUCUCAAAACCCUGAAGAACCACAAUGACUUGAUGAAAAACCACCAGAAGCCUAAACUGCACCAGGCUGCUACUCCCACAUCAGGGCUGUGUGACCCCCGGCUCCAGAAGGACAGGGCUUUGCCCAGCGACCUGUGUGCCAAGGCUGAUCCGCGCCAACGAGCAGUGGACCCGCGGAAGAUUGUUGAAGCAGCUGCUGACCCAAGGGUGAUUCGUGACCCACGGAAAACAAAGCCCCCAGAACCAAUUUCUUCUAAACAGGAGGAGCACCGGCACCCUCAUCCAUCCUCCUCCAUCCCCUACAGGCCACUGGUUGGGGAUGAGGAUGAGGAGGGAGAGAGGGAGCUGAGGGAGAAGGCAGCCAUCAUUCCUCUGGAACCACGCCCGGGUGUGGCUCUGCGUGACCCCCGCUGCCAAGUGAAGCAGUUCAGCCACAUUCGUGUGGACAUCCUCUUGUCACGCCCAGCUUUUGCCCAGACUGUGGUUUGGGCCCCUGAGGACCUGAUUCCAGUUCUUGUUCCCCGACAGGACCCCUCCAUCAACCUGCCACUGCCCCCUCUCAUUGCAGAUGCUCAGUUGAACCGAAGCCUGGCUUCACAGGUUGAACCCACUCCCCUCCUGCCUCCUCAUGACCCACGUCUAGCUGCUGCACGUCUCAAGGAGGGCAGAGUUGGAGGGCUCAGCAGUAGAACCCCUGAGCUUAAGGUGCACUUGGAAAAGCCCCUGGACCCACGGACUCACAAAGCCUUGGACCCCAGGAUCAACAGAUCAGGCAGUCUGGAUUCCAGGCUUCCGGUGCUGAAGGAAACCGGUAGCCCUGGUGGGACUCCCGACCCUAGAUUAGUACGGAGCAGCAUGGGGUCUUCAUCACACUCCCCCCUUCCGACUCCUUUGAUCAAACAGGACGCUGAGAAACUGCCACCGUAUGCCCCCAAACUGUCCUCCACUAGUGGAGGGCUUGGGAGCCCGACAUCGCUUCUGGGCGGCAUCAGCCUGUAUGACCCCAGAAACCAAUCUGCCACGUCCCCAAAGGAAGAGGCUGAAGAGAUGCCGAGAAAAGCUGGCAUCCUCAAACAGCCAGGAAAGCAGGAGAGCGCCUCACUGGCGCACAGUGACCAGAGUCCGGAUGAUGUGACAGAUGCUCCUAGCAAGAAGCCGUACCUCCCUGCUUCUCCAGCUAGUUCUCCCCCAACAUCACCCCUUCAACCUUCUCUGGCUGCCCCAGCUGUGCAUAACCUUCCAAUUCAGGCACUGGCGGGCUUGAUACGCCCCCCUUAUACUGAUCCACGACAGGCAAAGCAGAUAGGGCAGGCAGUGGGGGUUCCUCAGGAGGAUGAGGAGACCACGGGGGAGCCAGACGAUAGACCCCUCAAAGAUGUAUUCAAAACCUUUGAUCCCACGGCUUCCCCGUUCUGUCAGUAAACAAACCACUGAUCGACAGAGCAGUGCUGCAGGUCUGUAAAUAUGUACUUUAACCUUCUCACUUCCUCUCUCCACUAUUAAGCUUUAUAUACUUAUUUAUUUUAAUUGUACAUAAACAGUUCCUUCCAUGGGAUGUAAUAAGAUUAGGCUGUUGCUGUUUAUAUGGUUUUACAUGUGCAUUGCUAGAGAUAGUUGUAUAGACAGUCACACUCCACAGCUGGUGUAAAAUGUUCUUAUAUUGCAGCAAUGUGAUACAGCUAGUACAACACUACUGGUAAAUUUGAAAGCAUUUUACCUGGUUGGGGUACCACAGGUGUAUAGUGAAUGUGAUGGGUACAGUAAAGAUUAUUUUGUUAGUAAUUGUGUAUCAAAGAGGUGUAUUAUCUUAAAAAGUGCAGUACUAUGGUUAUAUCAUUUCUUGUGUGUUUAAAAAAUACUUUAAUGGUAUAGAAAUUGCCACUUUUAUAUAACUGUAGACUAUAUAAUUUAGUACAAAAAGCAGUUCUCACAAAUUUAGCGAUCCUCAAGCCUACUUUGUAUCACUGGUCCUAAGACACUUUUAUAUUUGUGUUUAAUGCACCCUGACAAUAACGAAUGUUAACACCAUACAAAUUUUUGUUGUUUUUAAAAAAAAAAAAAAAAAAAAAAGUACAAUACUUUGUUGCUUCAUGUUGCUCUGAUUUAAAAUUGGUGGCAUUUGUGUAUUUUUAUUAUUAUAAUCUAAUGCAGCAUAUUGUAAAUAGCUUCUUUUGUAAUAUAAAUGAGGUGCUCGUCUUGAACAUUGUCAUAUCUCUGAAUUUCUCUUUGUUACUGAUAUGGUUGUCAUGUGUAUCUGACCAGAAAAAACAUAAACACCACACAGUCAUGUAGAGUUGGCUUUUUUAUUGCUGUCAUAAAUAAAAAGCAAAGAGAUUGAAAA